AAGCCCAUGUUUUCCGAAGGAAUUCAAGCAGAGGUGCUUUAUUAAGGGAACCGCUCAGGACAAACAUUAGCAUGGCAAGCACGGCCGUUCAGUUACUUGGCUUCUCUCUCAGUCUGCUCGGCCUAAUUGGGACACUAAUUGCUACUAUUCUGCCUCACUGGUGGCGAACAGCGCAUGUGGGCACCAAUAUUAUAACAGCUGUGGCGUACAUGAAAGGGCUCUGGAUGGAGUGCAUCUGGCACAGCACGGGCAUCUACCAGUGCCAAGUGCACCGCUCGCAGCUCGCGCUGCCGCCUGACCUCCAGGCAGCCCGUGCCAUGAUGGUAAUUUCCUGCAUCCUUUCUGCUCUGGCUUGCGUGAUCGCCGUCGUCGGUAUGAAGUGCACGCGCUGCGCCAAAGGGACUUCUGCCAAAGCCUCCAUCGCGGUCUCCGGAGGGAUUGUUUUCAUCCUGGCUGGUCUCGUUUGCCUGGUACCCAUUUCCUGGACCACUAACGACGUCGUUACAGAUUUCUACAACCCACUGCUUCCCCAAGGGAUGAAGUACGAGAUAGGCCAAGCUCUGUACUUGGGCUUUGUCUCUGCAUCACUGACCAUCCUCGGCGGUGCCCUGCUCUGCACCUCAGGCCAGUGCAGCACAGACCAGGCUCCACAGCAGCUGCGGCCCUGCAGCAGCAGGACGGCUCCCUCCUGCAGACCACCAACUGCCUACAAGGGAAACCACGCUUCUUCCCUGACAUCUGCUUCCCAUAGCGGCUACAGAUUGAAUGACUAUGUAAAGAAAGAAUUUGAAUCCAGAACUGCUCGCUUCAAUGCACAGAAAAUAAAUGCAAAGAGAGCUGUGAUACUCCACGGACUGCAAAUACCUGCCUACUUCAAGCUGGGGUUUUGCAUGCAGGGCAGUUCAAGAGCAGUUUUGCUCUAAAAAUAGUGUUUGAGCUUGUAGUUUCUGCCCUGCAACAAGUACGAACUGGCCACAACUUCUUACUCGAACAGUGUUCCCACAAAAGAAGAUGCAGUUUUGCCUAAAACACAAUGUCAUGGCAAAGCACAGAAGUGAUUUCCUGUUGAGUUUCUCAUUUCCAUAAUGUGUGAUAUCUCACUGUGACAAGUUAGUUGUUUGA